UCUAACAUGGCCGCCAGUGGGGGAAAUUUUUCGAGUGCCGAAAAUUAUUCCGUCGAUAUGGAAAAUUCUUACACUUACACACCAAAUCAAGGGAGUCAAAGUUCAUCUGAAGAAUUUCAAUUUGUACAUUCAUCCAAAACUGGCGGCACAGCAGAAAUAGAGGGUUCUAUAGAACCUACAGAAACUACUCCAUCACAAGAUAUUUAUGGUGUCAGAAAAAGAGGCCCAGCAUCAGCAUUUCUAGAAAACAGAGGAUUUGGUUGGCUUUUAGAAGAAGAUGAUGAUGUGGAUGAAGAUGAUCUGAAACCACUUUUAGAAGAACUUGACAUUGACUUGAAGGACAUUUACUACAAACUGAGGUGUGUUUUGUUUCCAUUACCACAACUAGGAUUCAACAGACAUGUGGUCAGAGAGAGUCCAGAUUUCUGGGGACCUCUUGUGGUUAUAUUGUUAUAUUCUCUUGUAUCAUUAUAUGGACAGUUCAGAGUUAUAUCAUGGAUUAUAACUAUAUGGAUAUUUGGAUCAUUAAUUAUCUUCCUGUUAGCAAGAGCUCUUGGUGGAGAGGUAUCAUAUUCCCAGUGCCUUGGUGUGAUUGGUUACUCAGUAUUACCUUUGGUCAUCACAGCAUCAGCUUUACCUUUGUUCCGUUCUAUGUACUAUGUUGGAAUUCUUAUAAAACUUCUUGGUGUAAUGUGGGCAGCAUACAGUGCAGGAUCAUUAUUAUGUGUUCAAGAACUUCAACAUAAAAGACCUUUGUUAUUGUAUCCUGUAUUUCUGUUAUAUAUUUAUUUUUUGUCAUUGUACACAGGGGCAUAGUAUUACAAACAGUAUGGAUCAUUAGAUUUCCAACUGUGUUAAUGCUGCAGAUCUGGAUCAAGAACUGUUUUUUAAAGGUUGGGAAUUUGAAGAAAAGAGUUGUUCCAGCAUAAUUUUGGUUAAUUUUAUGCUUUUAAAUAUAAUUUCAAAGAAUAGGGGAUAAAAUGCAAUCUAGUUCUCCUCACUUGCUCCUUAUUUUUAUUCAGUUGGUUGCAUUUCUCCUCAUUUUCUUUCAUUUGUUUAUAUAAACAACUGAACGAAAAUGAGGAGCAAGUUGGGAGAACUAAUUUUAAUUAUCAGUCAGGGGACUUAUUGAAAUAAGUGAUUUUUAAAUCACUAAUUUAAGUAGCAAAUUCGAAGUUUUGUCACAAAUUGUGAUUUUGUAGUUUUACCAAAAUUUUAAACACAUAGGUUUAGAUAAUAUUU